AUGCCUGUAUCCAUACUUGACUCUGUUGAUAGUAACCCUUUGACCCAGAUUACCAUGGAAGCCUAUACUCUCGCCAUGGUAGCGCAUACCCAGUCCCAAAUAUCGUCUCUUGUGGGUCUGAGCGAAAAUCAUGGAGUCAGCCAAAGAAACUCUCGCGAUGUCCCCACCAGCUGUGUGCGACACCAAGGGUCCGUUCCUCCCAAAACAACUGAGACUGAAGCCACCGGACGGCAAGCUUUCAACGGCACGGAAUAUACUUAA